AUGGCCGCCCACCUCCUCCUCUUCGCGGCGGCGCUGCUAUCCUACUCCGCGAUCCCGUCCCUCUCCCUCCCACCCUGCCCCCCGUGCGGGCCCACCCCGGUCCCCUACCCCCUUAGCACCGCCCCCACCUGCGGCGACCCGGCCUACAAAAUCCGGUGCUCCGCCGCCUCCACCCUCCUCUUCGACUCCUCCAACAACACCUACCCCAUCGCCUCCAUCUCCCCUUCCACCCAGCGCCUCACCAUCACCCCCCCCCCCUCCCCCCCAACACCUGCCUCGCCGCCGACCUCCCCUCCAACGGCCUCCAGCUCAGCCCCUCCGCCCCCUUCAACAUCACCAGCAGCAACACCAUCUUCUACCUCAACUGCACCGACUCCAUCCUCAACUCCCCCCUCAACUGCACCUCCACCAGCCUCUGCCACGUCUACAGCAACGCCACCGCCAGCCCCUGCCGCGGCACCCAGUGCUGCGCCUUCCGGGCUGGUGGCUCCACCACGGCCUACAUGA